AUGGGCAAGAUGUGUGCAGCAGAAGGUUGGCGAUUCACGAAACAAGUUGUAGAAGGGCGAUGGUUUUCGGUGUUCGCUUCGUUCGUGAUCAUGAUCGGCGCCGGCUCACCCUACCUAUUCGGAACAUACUCCAAAGUCAUAAAGACCCAAUUCGAUUACAGCCAAACCCAAGUUAACACCUUGGGAUUCUCCAAAGAUCUCGGCUCCAACCUCGGAGUCUUCGCCGGACUUCUCGCCGAGGUGGCUCCGCCGUGGCCACAAAGAGGGGAAGAUUUCACCAUCUUGCAAGCUCUCCUCAGCAAAGACAUGGCUCUCAUUUUCUUGGCAACCGUUUGUGCAUGUGGGUCGUCCAUUGCAGCCAUCGACAAUCUAGGACAGAUUGCAGAAUCACUUUCCUAUCCUGCUCAAUCCAUAAGCGUCUUCGUUUCUUGGAUUUCCAUAUUCAAUUUCUUCGGUCGGGUCUUCUCUGGCUUCAUCUCCGAAACGCUAAUGACCAAAUACAAAUUACCUCGUCCUCUCAUGUUCGCCCUUGCCCAUCUCCUCACCUGCAUUGGCAUACUCUUCAUCGCCUUUCCAUAUCAUGGUUCGGUCUACGUGGCUUCACUGAUCAUUGGGUUUGGGUUUGGAGCCCAAGUUCCUUUGUUAUUCGCCAUAAUCUCUGAUCUAUUUGGCCUCAAGCACUACUCAACGCUGCUCAAUUGUGGGCAACUGGCGGUGCCGCUUGGAUCUUAUGUCCUAAAUGUGCUUCUAAUAGGUAGGAUGUAUGAUAUGGAAGCCACUAGAACUGGAAAUACCAAGAACGGUAAGGGGCUCACUUGCAGUGGAGCUCAUUGCUUCAACGGCUCUUUCACAAUUUUGGCAACAAUAACAUUGUUUGGAGCAAUAAGUUCACUCGCAUUGGCUUAUAGAACUCGAGGCUUUUACAAAGGCGCCAUAUAUCAGAGAUACAGAGAUGACAUGUGGAUUACCCAAUCCGAUAUGGAAUUAUAUUCUUCAAAUACCAUGAAGAAUAAUGAAUUCAAGAAAAAUACUGAAUACAGAUGA